GUUCGAUCGUUGGCGACGGCCGAGUGCCGACGACGGCUUGUUCGUCAAAAUCCGUCGUACCAACGGUCUGUGGAGGUGUUGUAGCAGACGCCGUCGCCACCGCUUCGCCGAUCGAUACAACGUUAUCAACUCGUUACCGCGAUAUACCUCCACAGAAUAGAGAAUUAAUACUGAUACUACCUAAUCAGUAA